AUGGAUGAAGAAUUGCUUCCGACAAUCAACCAGUUACUUUCGACUGAUAUCGUGACAAUACAGAAUUACGAUUAUGAUAAUACCAAUCGCUUCGACGAUGUAAUUAAUAUUGAUGCUUCUCCUAAUCAACAAAUAGCGCCAAUGUUGCCAUCAAUUGAAAUAAUCGCUCAACCGUUGCCGAUAUAUCGCGCUCGUUAUUUGAGUGAGCACAAAAACACGCCAAGAUACGUACAAGCGGAUAAAAACAAUCGGUUUCAAUUGAAACAUCCAACAAUCAGAGUAAAACAAAUCACAUUACCAGAAAAGCAAUAA